GUCUUACAAUACGCACGAUUUCAGUGCUGCAGCAGCACACUCACUGUUAGCUUCUCAGCUGUUCUGUGAUGAUGCGUUCGCUGGCAUGGGGGCGCUGAGCAGGCUGGGCCUGCCUUGCUUGACAGCGGAAGCAGUUGCAUUUUUGGAUGGCCAUGGUAUCUACACUGUGGAAGACUUUCUUGCAUAUGAUUUGUACCGCCUCGGAGAUGGCGAGCUACAGAAACAGGUGAUAGCAGGUCUCCUCCAGCAUGUGGCUGCCACGACCAAUUGCACCUGGACAGAUGGCGCAACGCUAUUCGAGCGCCUCACCACAAGCACGACCCUUGUCUCGACCGGCUGUCCUAGCAUCGAUGACGUCAUCGGGGGUGGUCUUCGACCCGGGACGAUCACGGAACUAGUCGGCACCUCCGCUUCGGGGAAGACGCAACUCUGCCUUCAGGCGGCCGCAGCGGCGGCCCUUGAGCUGCGCGCGAGCGUCGCUUUCAUCGACACAUCCAACUCCUUCUCCGCGCACCGGCUGGCGCAGAUCGUUACGGGACUGCACGGGAAAGACAAGUUCGUGGAGCACAAGCAGGAGCUGCGCAACGUGGCGCGCCGCGUGCUCUGCUUCAAGGCCUUCGACAUCUACACGGCGCUUCGGCUGCUGGACGAUCUCCUUGUACAUAUGGACGGAGCGGAAUCCAAGAGGGGGGGCGAUGGAAACCAAGGGGACUUUUUCCAGAAGCUUCAGCUUCUCAUUCUCGACUCGGCAUCCGCGAUCAUUUCCCCGGUGCUGGGGGGCGCGCACACCCAAGGCCACGCGUUGAUGGUCAGUUUGAGCGGGCUGUUGCGGCAAAUCGCGCUCAAGCACAACAUCGCGGUCCUGGUGACGAACCACACAGUGUCCGGCGAGGGCGGCCGUCCGAAGCCCGCGCUGGGCGAGAGCUGGAAGUCCGUACCCAGCGUCCGACUUGCACUGGCCCGAGAGGACGAGUCCGACUGCUGUACCGCCACCGUCACCAAGCACACCAUCGGGGCGUGCGGCGAGUCUGUACCAUACGUGCUGUCACGCGACGGCUUGAGAGCAUUCGAGGCCGAAGAGCCCGGGGCAACUCAACAACUAGAAUGGCGUCAAGAGUAGUUUACGCGCAAUCCUGAGUUUACAUAGAUACAAGUCAUGUAGGGACAACUGAUUCGGCGUCACACGAGUGUCAGCUUAGCUUCACUUGGUCAGCGGACAGUCAAAACUUAGAAGCAGCAAAGCAAGCUCCGCCGCAUGCUGAUGCUUGAGAGUCCGGGCCGCUUUUCAAGCUAGCCUCUGCACUGAAGCCACAAGUUCUGACAAACCUGCAUUCUGCGGGUGGGAGAUCCUAAACCGUAGCGGUCGAUUGGCUUCAAUUUACGACUACAGACUUAGACAAGCGGCAUACUUGAUUGUUGUUAGUUCAGAGCUCGAACGCAUCACAAUCGUGGCCGCACCGCGGCGUGCUUCAAUGGUGAC